AUGGGAGCAGAUGGAGGAACUAUUCCGAAAAGAUGUGAAUUGGUCAAAAGUAAGAAGAAGGCCGAAAAAGUCGAAAAAAGUGUGAAAAAUGCGUCGCGGUGGAGGCUUUGUCGGCUGUCGCAACAACCACUGAGGCGGCCUAUAGUGGCUUGUCGUCUUGGUGGACUGUACAACAAGGAAGCCGUUAUUGACGCUAUACUAACAAAGAAGAUAGCGGAGAAUGAAAAUUCCAAACACAUUAGAGGGUUAAGAGACGUUAAGGAGCUCAAGCUGGUUGACAGCAAAGACUAUUCCGAAGGUGCUGCUGACAAGAGUGACGUAUACAAAGACCAUAAUCUUGCACCUUUUUGUUGCCCCGUUACAGGAUUGCCAAUGAAUGGGAAUCAUGUCUUUGUUGUGAACUGGCUUUGUGGAUGUGUUGUGUCUGAAAAAGCUAUUAAUGAGGUAAAGUCCACUGUUUGUGUUUGUUGUGGAGGACCUUUCAGUUCCGAUGAUCUUAUUGUGCUCAAUCCAGAAUCGGAGCUUUUGCAGAAAUAUGAAGCAAAGUUGGAAGAAGAAAGACAGAAGAGUAGCUUUCAAUGUGGCCUUAGUAGCGCUUGUUUUAAAGGGCAAGAGGGUGAUGAUCAUCAUUCGAAGUCAUUGGAGAAAAAGACUGCUGAGCCUAAGACUCUUAAAAGGAAAAACGAAGCAUCUCAUCCCACUUCCAUCCAAGAUGAUAAAAAUGCAUCUGCUGCGUAUAAAUCUUUAUUUACUACUUGUGAGGAAGCGAAGAAGAGGCCGAAAGCUCAUUGGGUGACUUAUAACCCGUUAUUUUAUUGA